AUGCAACGGAACGCCACACCCUGCCGAGCACCAUGCCGGCAAGGAAUGGGGUGCAGUGCCAAAGACCGCCAACCACCAUGGUUGUCGGCCGCAGCCAAGCAACAGACGCACGACACACGCACCACACGCGCCGCCGCGGCCGCCGGAGACCAGAUUGACCAAACCCGCACCUUGAAUCAGCUCCUCCGAGUCGCCACGGGCCCUGAGCCGCGCCGACAACGCAACCCAGGCCUCUCCGCACCCGUAGCGAGCUCCACACCAGAACGGCAGGAGCACCACCCUGGCACCCACGCGACGCCAGAUCCGUGCGGCACCCGCAGCCACAGCGCCCCUCAUGGCCGAAUCGCGGCCCGCGCCAAGCCUGCGCGCUCGCACGCCUCGCCACCCCUUCAGCCGUUGGGACCCCUGCCCGCACAGCCUCGCCGCACGGACGCCGCCGUGCACGCCCACUCGCGCCAGAUCCACGCCUCACCGCCCUCCUGCAAGCGCGCUGCCUGCAGCCGCCGCGAGCCCGCCCUUGUGCCGCCCUCCUCCGCGCCUGCAAGCACCAGAACCAUGCCCGCGCGGAGCGCCUGCUCGCCAGAUCCUCCGGCGAGACCCCCCGAGAGAUGCCCCGCCGCCACCUUCCCUGGAGCCUGCCCGGGCUUCGCCGAAGAGCUCCUCAGGCGGCGACGAGGUUAG